CAAAGUGUGACAAUUUCAGAUAAGGACAGUGCAGGGUGGAGCCGGAUUACAGGAAACUCAAACCUACUAGCGUCAUAUCUUUCUGGUCACACAGCUCGCACACAGAACUGGCGUGAGAUCAGCUCUCAGAGGCAAUUGAACCACUAUAAGAAACUGCCCUCACAUCUCCGUCAAGAAAUACCCUGUUUGAGGUUCAGACAUGAGGAGAUCAUCGUAUACUUUUGAAGCUGUUUCAUUGCUUCUGAUUGUGACUUUGUGUUUAUUCAUACUUUUCAACAAAGAUGAUGCAGCCAAUGACUUGGAUGACAGCAACAACCAGCCCCCCAUAAAGCAGUCAGUCAAACUAUACAAGUCAUUUAGAAUGCAGCAAUCUCAGAACCUCUUGAAAACCAGCAACGAGACACAUUUCUGGUUAGAAUGUGAGCAAAACACCUCUGCUGCUAAUGUUUCUGGGUUCUUGACCCUCCCAAGGCAUGUCCAAGACUUCCUGUAUUAUCGGCACUGCAGACAAUUCCCCAUGUUGCUGGACGUACCUAAUUUGUGCGGAGCCACUCCACAGGAGUCUACAGAUGUUUUCCUGCUGUUAGUUAUAAAAAGUUCUCCAUGGAACUAUGACCGUCGUGAGGUCUUGAGAAAAACUUGGGCAAAAGAUCGCCUGCAGAACGGUGUAUGGAUCCGACGGGUUUUCAUCUCAGGGACAGUAGGCGUGGGCCGAGAGAAAUACAAGCUGAACAAGUUAAUGGAACUUGAGAACCAAGAAAGUGAAGACAUUCUGCAGUGGGACUUCCACGACACUUUCUUUAACCUGACACUUAAGCAGAUUCUUUUCCUAGACUGGAUGCAAAAACGCUGCCCACACGCCCGCUUUCUGCUCAACGGCGAUGACGACAUCUUUGCCAACACAGACAACAUGGUAGAAUACCUCCAGGGUCUCAAAGAUAAUAAUGGUGACGAACACCUGUUUGUGGGUCACCUUAUUCAGUAUGUGGGACCCAUCAGAGAGUCUGGGAGCAAAUAUUAUGUUCCUGUCCAGGUUCAAGAGUCUGAUUCGUAUCCCCCAUAUUGUGGAGGAGGGGGCUUCCUUUUGUCAGGCUUCACUGCUAUGACUAUAUACAAAAUGUCCCACAGCAUCCCUCUGCUGCCCAUUGAUGAUGUUUAUAUGGGUAUGUGCCUGGAAAAGGCUGGGCUGAAGCCAGUGUCCCAUUUUGGAGUGCGGACUGCAGGACUGCAUGUCCCCUCCGAAACAGCUGAUGCAUAUGACCCCUGUUAUUAUCGUGAGAUUAUCCUAGUACACAGGUUCUUGGUACAUCAGAUUUACGUCAUGUGGCAUAGAAUUCAUGACCCCAAUUUAACAUGUACCUCUUCGGAGAGCUCUGGUAUAUAAAAGUUUUCACAAUUAUGAAAUGAAUUGGUUGGAUCUACUUUUCAUUUUGUCUUUUAAAUAUACCAUCAUACUGGAAGGCAUCAAUGGAAGUCUACUGUUUCUUAGUUCUAUUGUCACUGACCGUUAGCAGCAGGAUAUCAAGAUUUCUACCAUAUUUAUUAAGUUAUUAUAUAUUCUGUUUCAACUUGGAGUUUGCUGAAACAUGUCAGCAGAAAAAAGUUCUAAACAUGUAUUAAUGUGAGAACAACUCCUGAUAUGAUCAAAGGUAAAAUAUAUUCAGACUAUUAUACAGUAUCUACUGUAUAAUGGUACAAUUAAAGUCAUGUGAUGGACAAAACACCUCGAAAUGCCCAAGAUCUUAACAAAAAAAUAGUUGAUUUUAUUACCACUUUCGAUGCAAUCUGGAGAAGAGUGCUCUAAAAAUAAGUUGAAAUUGAAUUGAAUUUUCAAGUAUUGAGUUACAUAUCUUAUUGUAAGAUGCAUCUGUUUCAUUUGCAUGUGUACAUGUGGGGCAAUUCUGAGAGUAUAAGUUUACGAAAGAAAUGGUUUCCAUGCCUCUUUAGAGUGGAACCCUCUGAAGUUUUUCUGUUGAUUGCGUUAGCAGUGUGUUGUAAUUUAUAGCAUUUGUCAGUUUUGGUGUUGAGGGGUUAAUUAAGUUUUUUGUAUUGUUUUAAUGCCUAUAUGUUGGUUAUGUUCUGUCUUAUUAUAUCGGGGAGAUGCAAAGCUAUGGAGAUUUUUUGUGGAAUAUCAAAGAAUAGCUUAAUGUGAAAAAAUGUUAUUGCACAAUACAUACAAGGAUAAAAAUGUUAAUGUUAUGCGUUCAUCAAUAAUGAUGAUUCAGUCAGUUAUGAAAAGCAACCAUUACUGCAUAGAUACCGAAUACCUAUAGUUCAGAGCAAAUCAAAUGCACCAAGUUUUUAAAAUUAUUGUUAAGUUUUUUAAACUUUUUUUUCAUACUGAACACUUCUAAUUAAAGUUUUUUCAGUAUCAAUACUCACUUUCUCAGGCUGUUGUAUGUACUGCUCACAUCUACUUUAACAGCAUUCUCAGUUAACAUGUUGUAUGUUUCAAAGUGAUUUUUUUAAGUAUCCUUAUGGCAUAUUGCCAGGAAGUGUAAUUAUCUUUACAGUAAGUAGGUAUGUCUGUGUGCCUAUAACUUGUUUUAUAUUGCAGUUCAGCACUGCAUUCAGCAUGCAUUUUUGUAGUGUAUGCUGUGUGUUAAGUAGGAUUUUCUAAAGGGAGACUGCUAAAUUAAGCUUUUAAUGUAAAUUAUGUUUAGGAUUUUGGACCUUCAGUUUCUGGUUAAACAGAACUCCAUACAAUAAAAUUAUUUUGACAUAUACUUGUGUAAAGUAGGUUGGCUUUUGUUUUAAUUAGGGUAAAAUAUAUAUCUGGAC